AUGUCACCAUGUCAAAAUAAACAUAACCUCACUCACGAAAAUAGAAAUAUAUUAUAAUUUUAUUUACAUACUUUCAGCAAAAAUGUCCAAUAACAAUAUAUUUAUGAAGUCCGGCUUUGUCCGGGCGCCUCUGCAGAAUGGCGUCGGCCGCUAUGUCUGUCAGUUACAGAGAAUAGUGUUAAAGUUCUGCAAAACUCACGGUGGAAGCAGAGGAAUUAGAGAAUUCAUAGAACAAGACAUGGUGGAGUUUGCGAAGGAGAACCCUGGAGUUGUGAUGUAUCUCAAGCCGCGCCGUCACCGCAGCCCUGUCAUUGUGGCGGAAUAUUUGAAUGGUGACCGAGUAUGGAUGAAUAUGCACAACAAAACCCACUCAGAAAUAACAAAAUGGAUUGAGCUGCUCCGCACCCAGCAAGGAGACGUGUCCAGCACUCGCCUCCGCAAGUACCAGUACACAGACCACCCCUCAAUCCAGGGCCCAUGGACUCCAUGGACCUUUAAGAACCCAGAAUUAAACACAGUGAAGUUCCCUGACGCUAAGCUCGGAAGUAAUGACAGGCUGCCGAUGUCCGCUACCGAACAGUUGAGGUUGAUGUUUGAGAGGCAGAAGCUGAGUGAGAGUGACAGAGAGUUACCGACAGCUGAAUAAGAGUUUAGCAUGUAGUUUGUUAUUAGUUGUUAAUUAAAUUUAGUUGUCAAAGUC